UGUAAACAAAGUGGCAUAGUUUAAAGUGGCUAGUGAUACAUGUAUUACAUAAAGAUGCAGUAGAUGAUAGAGUACAGUAUAUACAUAUAUUGAAAUAACUAAUUGUUCAGACUAUAUUAAGCUAUGCAGGCCAUAGUCUACUUUGUGCCUUUAUCUGCGUGGAGCUACGGAGAGACAAGCAUGAGGAGGUAUCAGUCAGUCGAUCGGCUACCAGUGUAAAUCAGAGAAGAUAAGAGGACAAUCAUAUAUGUUGUUGACAAAACUAACGUUCUAUAACGUUUCACCCUCCUGAACAUACCUCAUGCUAUAGAUCACUGAGUUAAGUUAGUGUGACUUCACACACACACACCCCCGACAGAUAGAUGAUCAUUUUCUAUUUAUUUAACCUUUAGUUAACCAGGCAAGUCAGUUAAGAACACUUUCUUAUUUACAAUGACGGCACGCUUGGAUGACACUGGGCCAAUUGUGCGCUGCCCUAUGGGACUCCCAAUCACAGCCGGUUGUGAUACAGUAGGAAGGUUAGAGCACCAUUUGUCUCUAAGGCUCUGCUUGUUGGCCCUGUUGCUGCUCCUGGUCACAGGAAGUGAUGUCACAGCAUCAGAGGAGGACAGAAAGCCCAACUUCGUCCUGAUGAUGGUGGACGACCUUGGCAUUGGGGACAUUGGUUGUUACGGCAACGACACUAUCAGGACUCCUAAUAUCGACCGUUUAGCAGCAGAGGGAGUGAAGUUGACUCAGCAUAUAGCUGCCGCUCCUCUCUGUACACCCAGUAGAGCUGCCUUCCACACAGGACGCUACGCACUGCGCUCAGGUAGCUACGCACUGCGCUCAGGUCUGGGCAGUACAGGGCGUGUGCAGGUGUUGUUGUUUCUGGGAGGUUCUGGGGGUCUACCCCCCACUGAGACCACCUUCGCUAAGAGACUACAGGAGCAGGGAUACACCACCGGACUAGUGGGUAAAUGGCACCUGGGUGUGAACUGUGAGCUUCGAGGGGACCACUGCCACCACCCCAACACACACGGCUUCAGCUACUUCUACGGCCUGCCUUUCACCCUGUUCAAUGACUGUAGACCAGGGGAGGGGAAGGAUAUACUAGCUGACCUGCAGAACACACUGUGGCAGCUAACAGUACUGGGGGCCCUGGCCCUGCUCAGCCUGGUGUGUGUCCGUGUGUGUGGUCUGCUUGAGGUGAGUAUGUCCGUCAUCGUGGCGGUGACUUUUCUGAGCCUACUGGCGUUCAGUGUGUGGUUCGUGCCCUUUGAACUCCUGAUGACCUGGAACUGCAUCAUCAUGAGGAACCAGGAAGUGGUGGAGCAGCCCAUGGACCUAGACACGUUAUCACAAAGACUACUGGGAGAGGCCCAAGGCUUCAUAGAGAGGAAUGCUGACCGACCGUUCCUCCUGUUCUUGUCUCUGGCCCACGUACACACUCCUUUGUUCUCUUCUCCUGGCUUUGCUGGGAAGAGUCGCCAUGGUCUCUAUGGAGACAACGUAGAGGAGGUGGACUAUAUGAUAGGUCGUAUGACUGAGACAGUGGACAGGUUGGGUCUGGCCAACAACACUAUGAUGUAUUUCACCUCUGACCACGGUGGCCAUAUUGAAGACGCAGAUGAACGAGGACAGAAAGGAGGCUGGAAUGGAAUCUACAAAGGUGGGAAGGCGAUGGGUGGAUGGGAGGGUGGUAUCAGGGUGCCAGGUAUAUUCCGGUGGCCUGGCAGGCUGCCAGCAGGCAGAGUGUUUGACACACCCACCAGUCUCAUGGACCUCUACCCCACACUCACACACCUGGCCGGCGCAACACACAGCGACAGGUUGUUAGAUGGCUAUGAUCUGAUGCCUGUGCUAGAAGGAAGGACCGAGCGGUCGCAGCAUGAGUUCAUGUUCCACUAUUGUGGUGCUUACCUCAACGCAGUUCGCUGGCACCCACCUGGGAGUGAGUCAGUCUAUAAGGUCCACUUCUUUACCCCUAACUUCUCCCCACCGGGCGCUGGCGGUUGCUAUGACACCAAGGUUUGUUCCUGUCAUGGAAGUUAUGUGACACACCACAGCCCCCCCAUCGUCUUUGACCUUCACACUGACCCCUCGGAGUCCCGCCCCCUGACCCCAGUCACUGAGCCACGCUACCAGGAAGUUCUACAGCAAACUGCCAGGGCCGUGGAGCAGCACCGGGCCACCCUCACACACUCACACCCCUCACAUACACAACCAGACACACACUCUCCUCAGUCCGAGCCUGUUCUCAACCAGCUGUCGUGGGAAAAGAUUCUGUGGCGUCCAUGGCUGCAGCCAUGCUGUGGAACAUUCCCCUUCUGUGGCUGUACGGAGAACACUACUUCUACUCUGGCCUAACACACACACCUCUGGCAGAGAAAGAUGAGGAACAUAAAACUAUGAAGAACUUUUAAUGGAUCAACUGCUUUUAAAAAUAUUUAUAAUAUUUUUCAGACUAAGUUUUCAAUGAUGUCUAGACAAUUGUACAUAGCUUUAUGAAAUAUGUUAAUAAUUUGCUCAAAGAUAAUUUAUGUUUUGAUAUCUGGACCAAUCUUGUAAUUUGCAAUAUUGAUUUUGAUAGAUUUGUAUUUUAUAACCUAAACAGUCUGAACAAUCUGUUUGUUUCUUCUUUGAAGUUUGUAACUGUACAGUAUGCUCCUGUCAGUUACUGCUCUUCACCACAUGGUGGAGCCAGCUCCCUGGAAUAAACAUUCCUCUCUGCUGCA